AUGUUAUUCCAGGAUUUCUUUCUGGGUAGGUCGGUUUUCAUUUUUGGGAGGUUCUCUCGUCUAAGUGAGGGAGAAACGGGGAAGUGCUGUCCCGGUCGGAAUUUGGACGAGGGACUAGAUGACAACCGAUUGGGGGGGAAUUCGGUGGCGGAAACGGUGGACGGUUCCGAGUGGAGCAGGGAGCAGGAGAAGGCGUUCGAGAAUGCGCUUGCGACUCAUCCGGAAGAUUCGAGCGACAGGUGGGAGCGAAUUGCUUCAUCGGUGGCCGGGAAGAGCGCGGUGGAGGUGAAGCGCCACUACGACGUCCUUGUGGAGGACAUCGAUGGGAUUGAAUCCGGGAGGGUGCCCCUUCCCAGCUACGCCUCAUCCUCUUCUUCCGAUGCGUUUGGGGAUGCAUCUGCCGAGAGUGGAGGUGGAAGGAAAAGCGCUCAUUUUGGCGCCGUGCAGAGCUCAGAGUCCAGCCUUGGUGGAAAGACUGGGUCCCGGUCGGACCAGGAACGACGCAAAGGGAUAGCUUGGACAGAGGAAGAGCAUAGGUUGUUUUUACUUGGUUUAGAGAAGUAUGGAAAAGGUGACUGGCGUAGCAUCUCAAGGAACUUUGUGAUCUCGAGGACACCUACCCAGGUGGCUAGUCAUGCACAAAAGUACUUUAUUCGCCUCAAUUCAAUUAACAAAGACAGAAGGCGAUCAAGCAUUCACGAUAUCACCAGCGUCAGCAAUGGCGACAUGCAGGCAGCUCAAGGUCCUAUUACAGGACAGACGAAUGGAGCUGCUGUAUCAGCUGGAAAACCUGCCAAGGCAGCCAGUCAGUUGCCUGGUGCUCCAGGUGUUGGUGUAUAUGGGACUCCUAUUGGUCAGCCCAUUGGUGGGCCGCUUGUCUCUGCUGUAGGAACACCGGUAAGUCUACCUUCUCCUGGGCAUAUGGCGUAUGGAGUUCGUGCGCCAGUCCCCGGUGGCAUGGUACCAGGUGCUCCGAUGAACCUUGCUCCGAUGGCAUACCCAAUGCCUCAGACUUCGGCGCAGAGGUGAUGGGCAGGCAUUGCCCAAAUGUAUAAAAGAACGGAAGGGAUAGAAUAGUGAGGGAGGCUGUUGUAGUUGUUUCGUGCUAUUUGUCAUAAUCUCUUUGGGGGAUUAAUAAGACGAUGGUUCAGUAUUGGGCUAUUUUGCAUUCAUACUCCAUGGGAAUAAGCCGUAGAACUGGGUGAUGUAUAUACAUUUCCUGUAAAUGUUUUACUUAUGGGAGCAUUAUGAUUC